UCAUUCUCUGACUCUGCUCUGAACAUUUAGGAACAAGGCACCAAGGGGUGUGUUAGGGAAGGGGGAAUAUAUUUUUGUUUUAAUGGUAAUAAGUAUAUAACUCUCAGUAAGAUGUUGUCUAUCAAAAGAACAUUUGGUGAUGAGAAAUCCGAACUUCGGGAAUUAAACAGCCGCUUGGAUCAGUACCUGUCACGGGUAAGGCAACUGGAGGCAGAAAACCAGCUGCUGGUGGGGGAGAUCCAGAAGCUUCGGGUGGAGAGAGGGAGAGAAUGGGCACAUGGGUACGAGGCAGAGAUAACAGAGCUAAGGAGUAAAGUGGAGGAACUUACUGUACAGAAGUGUGAAGCAGAGAUCCAAAGGGAAAACCUAUGGCAGGAGCUGCAGUCCCUCCAGGAGCUGUGGGACCAAGUAAGAGCCAUACGGUUACGCAUUGACCAGCAGCUUGUCCAGUACAAGCAAGAUCUUCAGCAAGCUAGGAAGGGCCAGGCCGCGUUAGAAGAGCUCUACAACCGCCUUCUCCAGGAGUGCUACAUGCUUCGUGGCUCACAACAUGAAGAACUGGUGGUGCUGAGAGAGGAAGCACUUACUGUGCCCAUGACCAUCACUAUGCAAGAGACUGAGUACCCCAGACUGAGCAUGCAGGAUGUUCAGAGCUUCUCACUGGAGCUUUCAGAAUCUUGGAAGAAAACUUUCCUACUGUAUCAUAAGAAGAUUGAGGAGCUGGAAAGCUAUGUGAUACUGUGUGAGAAGAGCAGGCAAGAGGCAGAGGAGGAGUCCAGACAGCAAGGUGCGCAAGUAGUGGAGCUCCGAAGGGAGUAUGAGGAGCUGAUGGGAAUGAGGAAGAUGCUGGAGGAAGAGCUGCUCAAGAUAAUAGAGAAGUACAGACUAGAAAUGGAGGAAUAUCAGAUUAUUAUAGAAGAGCUGGAGCAGGAGAAACAAAUUGUAACAGUGACCAUCACUGAUCGCCUUCAGGAUUAUCAUGAGCUCAUGAAACUAAAGACCGGUCUGAGCCUGGAAGUGGCCGCAUACAGGGCCUUGCUGGAGGCAGAAAGCAAAAAGGGAACCAUAACCUGGAUUGAUCAGUCAAUGAAAAGCAGACCAGCAGGGUACAUAACAACUUAUUUAGACCAAUCACAAAUAUAUUCUGGCAUAAGAAGGGGAGACGAGAAAAAACAAUUACCUGUAAGCAGAAAUAAUAAAGACGUAAGGACAACUCCGACCUCCAAUAUCCACCAAUUUCAGUCACCGAAAGUACCACAGAUACGGAUAAAUGCACUGCCUGUUGAUACCGGGAGGGUAAGUAGGUUUUAUACCUCCCAAGAUAAAAGCAGCAGGUGGGACCAAAACCUUUCCCCAAGAUAUGAAUACACAAAGAACAAAGACAUUUCAAAAAACAUAAAUCCUCCAGAUCGCUCUUCAUUUAUAAGGUUGCAAACUUCAGUCCAUUCUGGAAGUGUCAAUCAACAGAUAAGACAAGAGCAGGCAAAUUAUUCCAAACCUAGUAUCUUUACAAAGCCACAGCCCACAGAAGUCCACCAAGACCAAAUUAACACCACGUUUGGCAGCAAAAGAAAGGAAUCAAGUUCACUGAAUAGGUUUGAAUACAAAUUACUGGAUGGAAAGAAACUAGAAGAUGAAAGGAAAACAACAAAAUCAACUGAAGGAGAAAAACCUGGUUUAGAAUUCAAUAUCCCAAUAGUAGAGCAAAGGGAGGUAAAAAGUGUUCUAACAAGUGUUACAGAAUCCAUAAAAAAUAAGGACACUAUAGAACCUAAAAUACAGGAGCCACCAGUCAAGAAGGAAAGAGAGAAAAAUGAGCAAGCCCAAAAGAAAAAGGAAGAACUGGAGAGUAAAGAAGAUGCAGAUAAAAAUAUAGUACCCGGAGACAAUCUGGAGACAAGCCACUCUUUCCAAAAGAAGAAUAUUUACAUACUUAGAGGAAAACCAGAGAACGAAGAAGUUGCAUUUAAAAUCCCUAUGCAAUCUGAAGUCAGCACAAGAGAGGAAAAGCAAUAUAAAAGCAGCAUGGAGGGUAUGGGGGAAACUGAAAUCAUCAUAAACACAAAACAAACAUAUGUGGACGAAGAAGCUGAUCAUAGAAAUAUUAAAGUUCAUGCAUCACUUAAUGAAGGGGCAGAACAAGUUAAUAUUAGGGAGUCUGUAGAAGACAUAACCUCAGCUGAGCACUUGACUAAGAACUCUGUUGUAGAAGGUAUACUCAAGCACUUUGGUCAAUCAUCUGGUUUAGAUGAUGCUAAUGUUACGUAUGUAGAACAGAAAGAGCAGAGCAGUGAUGGCUCUGUGAAAACUAAGAUUUUUGUAGAAACUAAAACCAAAGAGGAAGUAGACUUUUUUGAUGAACCUGACCUUACAGACAUUUGGAAUAGUAGCUCUUAUCAAAGAAUACAGGAGGGCAUUGCAAGAGAAGCCAACACUGUUGUAGAAGAUGAACAAAAACAAAAAGACACAAAAACUAUUAUUGGCGCGGGGAAAGGAGUAGAAGAUUGGAUUGAAAAUAUCAUUAAGAAUGAGCUGAAAAGUCGACCAGGGGUCUCUGUUAAUGUUGAGAUAAUAGAGGAAUCUGCAGGGGCUUUUGUGACUGAAAAAAAUGAUUAUUCAACACCAUUUCAUGUAGAAGAGGUAGAGGAUAAUAUACAAGCAACAGAGUCAGCAUAUGUUGAUGACAAACCUCAAGAUCCUGUGCAAGCAAAGGAUCUGCAGAAUAAAACACAAGUCCAAAGUCAUGCUGAAGAAGUCACAGAAGGUGGAGAUGAAGAUGAAGAGACAAAUUACUUUGUAUCUGUUCCGGAUGAUAUCCCUUUAGUACAAGAUGAAGAACAGGAAACAUUGCGAGGCCAGAUUCACAUAGAGGACUCCCAUGUAAAGUAUUCCUGGCAAGAUGAAUUCUUACAAGGUUCCCAGGGACAAAAAACUUUAAGUGAAUUUGUCAGAUAUGCUGGCAGCAAUGAAUCAGAAACAAUUGCUCAUGAUAUUUUGGAUGAUGACAAGGAACACAGGAUUGAGGUACAACAACCAAAGACUGAGACUAUUGUUAUUGAAAAAGAAAUAAAAAUUCCUCAUGAAUUUCAGUCAUCCAUCAUAGGCCUAUUAUCAAAAGACAUCAAGGAUCCACAACAACAGCUGAAAGGAACCCUUGAAUAUCUAAAAGGGAAUCUUCCUGAAGACAUUGUGGCAGAACUGUCAGCAUUAACUGGAGAACAGAAAGCUGAAGACCGCAGUUUGGCAGUAGAUAUUAAAAAGGUAGAACAACCUACAGAUACUAGCAUGGUUACCAUUGUAGCAGAAAUCAAUGUAUCACAAACCAUUGAUGCAGAUAAGCUAGAUACACAAAGGUUAUUAGGAGACAGCAUGAGUAAAGAAGGUGUAGCAUCCUUGCUGGAGAAAUCCAAAGGGGACUAUUCGUUAUUCAUGAAUGAAUCUGCUACCAAUGAAAAGCCUGGUUAUCUGUUGACCAUUGAACCAAUGAGUGAGGGAGCUGCUUAUAUUUCUAAAGAGAACACUGACGAGGCUACGAAUGGAUCUUUCAGCAUAAAAGUAGAUUUACCCCAUAAACAAAUCUCCUCUGAUAGCAGAUUUAUAAAACACAUUCAGCUAGAAACAUCUGAGCACAUCGACCAGGCUGAAUUUAUAUCUGAUACAAAAGAGCAAGCCACAGAAGAAAAUACAUCUUCAAUAAGUACAAAUAGAUCAGUCCACCAUAUAACAUUCGGGCCCAGGGAAAUGCCCUUUGGAGAGAAAAACAUAUUUGAAGGGCCAGUGUCGGAAACACUUGAGCUUGACAUAUCUAAAGGUGCACAAGAUUUGCCAGACUACAGCAGACCAAUAAGGCAUAUUGAAUUAAGUCCUACAGAAACCUAUACAGUAGAGCAGAUUGUAUUUGAAGGACCGAUCUUCAAAACAGUAAGCAGCAGUGGUUCCGCUGAGGACUUUACCUUUGGAGAACUACACAGAGAUAGUACCAGCCAAAAGAGUGUCCAUGAUAAUAUUGUAGAGAUUGAAGAUUCCAAGACUCUGAACGAGGAGAGUAAAAAUGAGAGUUUAUAUCAGACAGAGAGCUUAAUCGGUGGUAUUAAAACUGUUAAACAUUAUACAUUAAAUUCCAAGGACACAGAGAUGACUAAAGAGAUCAUAAUUGAGGGUGCUAUGCCCAAAGUUCAGCUCCACCAAGAAACAGCUAACCUUGAAGAGAACAUCAUGCCUAUUGAACAUAGAAUCGGUUUUCAGAAAGUCCAAGUUGCGAAACAAGUUAAGCAUCAAGGUUUUGUUUUAGAACCGUAUAAGUUAGCAGAUUCUGGAAAAUUGGUUGAAGAAGAAGAAAAACCAAAUGUCAAUACAUUAGUUCAUCAUAUUAAAUUAAGUCCAAACAGAGAGCAACUUGUAUUUGAAGGACCAAUCUCUUCAAACCUACACAUCGGUAGUCAAGAAGGCAGUUCCCAAAUGGAAGCCGAAAACAGAUCUGUUACACAUAUCAUUCUUGGUGCAAAAGAAGCUCAGACUUCCGAAAGUGUAAUAUUUGAACGACCUGUUUCAGAGUCAUAUGAAUCAUACGAUUUGCAGGUUUCGUCACCAUCGGGAGAUUCUAGCGAGAGUGAGCGAUCUAUCAAGCACAUUAAAUUAGGCCCCACCGAAAAAUCUUUUACUUUUCAGAUGGAUAUAACCCAAAUUGCCACAAAACAUCAGACCCAAGGAGAUAUCCAGGAGGGGAGAGAAAUAGUUAUCACUUCUAGCAGUUUUGAAAGAUUGCCAAGGACAAGUCAGUCGUGCAGUGAAUUAACUGAUGAUCUGGAAGUGACUGAAAGUGGAUAUGGAGAAGAAGAUACUUCUGGCGUCUUACAGUAUGAAGCUGAAAUCCAGCCCCACAGUCUGUCGCUCACUGAAACACCAUCAUUUGAAAAAACCGUGCAUGUGCAGAGAAUUGCCCAGCAAAGUUCACUGGUCUCGGAUGACAAGAAGGUGGCCAUUGUUUAUCUUGAUGAGGAAGAAGAACCUGACCAAGAUUACCUGCAGCGUUCAUUUUGAAAUAAAACAUUUUCACUAACAGGAAGUUGUUGAGCAAGCUAAUGUAUUCAUUCAUAGAGAAAACAGGCCAAUCCAGUGCUAGAUCUCCAUUUAAAAUGGUAUACUGAAUAUUGUUAGUGUAAAACUGUAGGCUGUAUUUAAUUUUUCCAAUGGCGGUCAUACAGCCUGCAUAUUGG